AUGGUGCUAAUAGAGCAAAUUUCGGCUCUAAUUGAUUUUUUGGAAAACCACCAAGACCUGGCGCUUGGCUACUGCAGCCGCACCAAUGAAGGGCGAAGUUUAAGCAAAAGAUAUUGGAUGGAAUGCGCCCAAAUUUUAAAUUCCAUAUCGGUGGACUGCCCCAAUAAAACUCCCGCAGAAUGGCGCACAUUCUACAAUGAAUACAAAAGCAAAACCUUAAAGAAAAUUAAAUCACAGAAGAGUGAAAUAAGUGCAACAGGUGGUGGUCCUGCAAAAAAAAUAUCAUUAACCCCACUCCAAGAGCGCUUAUACUCAAUAUUAGGGCGAGAUGUAGGAGAGCCACUUCCAGGUGUCCGACACAACCCACUCACUCCUUCUAUCACGCUUCCUGUGGUGCCUGCUAGUCCUACUACUAGUACUAAUUUUCAAUUUGAGAACAAUUCUUUCUCAAUAUUAGACAAUUACGAAGUGCCUGUGACAAUUGUCACAGAUGAGCUUGGGGAAAAUGUAGAAAUAAGCAUGGAACAGGAAAAUUUGGGUGAGCCAUCUACCACCGACCAGCCUUUGGGUCAGCCAUCUACCACCGACCAGCCUUUGGGUCAGCCAUCUACCACCGACCAGCCUUUGGGUCAGCCAUCUACCACCGACCGGCCUCCAAAGCGACGCCAUCGCCCUGCACGGCAUUAUGCAGCGGAAGAUAGAGAUAGAGACCAUACAGCUCUCGAAGCUGCUCAAUCAAGGCUGGAGGCUAUUGAAGCCAGGAACGCCGAGGCUACUUUAAAACAGGCUCAGGCAACCAACAACUUAGCUGCAGCCAUUGAACGACUGAGCUCCACCACAGAAAAGAUGGUGGACCUUAUAGGCCAACUUGUGACAUCUGUGCCAAAAAAGAAACUCCGCAAAAUCCUGAUAUCAUCAGAUUCUGAAUCUGACUAAAGCAGAAUGAAGUAUGCAAGAGUCUGUCAACAAGAGCCUGCUGCAGUGCCCGACCUUCAAGAAGAUCCCGGUUCACCCUUCGAUGGUCUUGAUAAUUAGGUGCUGCAUAAUUAUUUUCCUCCUAAAUUAAAAGACUGAU